AUGCAUUUCAACAUGGGCAAUAGCGUCUCUCAAGCGUCAGAUACCAGUCGAAGCUCGCAGUCUGGGUCUUUGUCUUCCGCAUUGAGCACACCUCGAUCAUGGAGUAUCUCGCCGCCGACAUCACCCAACUAUUCCGAGGGGCCGGAAAGCAUUGGUGAAAAUAACGCCGGUGAGACUCGUUGUGCUGCUGACACUGCAAUCUAUGCUUCGCUAGACCGAGAGCGUCUCGAAAAGACAGAGAGACAGGGCCGUUCUCGAUUCUUCGGCAUCCCCUGCUCAACAGAACCCCAGCUUGACCUAUCCGCAUUCAGCAGGAAACAGGACAUUCUCCAGAACAUCCUAACGAGGCGAAUCACAUUUCUGCUCUCGCACGAGGACAUCAUACUCCCUCUCCUUGGCGGCGCAAAGUCAUUUGAGAAGUUGGCAAACAGAAACAUUUCCGCACCUGGUAAGAUAGUCGAAUAUGAAAUUCUCGGUGCACAGCCCAGAGGUCUCAGAGCAGAGUUAAAGCCAUACCAGCUUGUAGGUCUGUCUUUCUUGGUAUAUCUGUGCCGCAAUGGCGUCGGUGGUAUUCUUGCCGACGAAAUGGGUCUAGGCAAGACGCUUCAGACUUUGAGCCUCUUCCAAUUUUUGAAAGAAAGAGAUGGUGGAUAUUCAAACAGAAAUUCGCCCUUUCUUGUCGUGUGUCCGCUAAGCAUCCAGGAAACAUGGUUGAGGGAAAUCGAAAAGUGGGCUCCCAGCCUUCGAGCAGUGAAAUACCAUGGCACCUUCGAGCAACGGGACAACGUGAAGAAGAUGGUGUCUGCCCAGAAAAAGCCCAGCAUUCUCAGAGUUCCGACAGACAUUGUGGACAUUGUGAUCACAACAUACGAGACCUUGAUCUCGGAGAUCAACUGGUUCUCAAGGGUCUUCGUUUGGAGAGGCGUUGUCCUUGACGAGGGCCACAGGAUUAAGAACAGUCGUUCGAAGAGAUCGUUGGUCCUUAAUCGCAUCAAAGCAGAGAUGAAGCUCGUGCUCUCCGGCACCCCGAUACAGAAUGACUUGAGCGAACUGUGGUCGAUAUUCCAUUGGCUCUACCCUGAGAUCUUUGUGCAAGACACCGAGAAGCUCUUUCAGGAGGCCUUCUCCGUUAGCGACGGAAAAUUCGACCCUGCAUUUCUUGAAUGUAUCAAAAAUUUCCUAAGGCUGAUCAUGAUCCGAAGAACCAAGGAUUCGCCCGGAGUUGGAUUAGAUAUUCCGCCAAAAACGGAAACUGUCCUUUCAGUGCCUCUAUCGCCUGCACAGCGCUCUUUGUAUAUGAGAAUCCUCACAGGUGCGGAGAUCUGUCAGUUGCCCUUGGAUGCGACUACCUCGCACAUUCAACUAGAUGGCCUCUUGUCUGAACAACCAGCUGUUGGCAACACAUGUUCUAAGACAGUCAAUUCAAUGUCUGAGGGUUCUACAGAGACGCCUGGGCCUGGAAAGUACCGCAUCACGGGAAAUAUUCUCAUGGAGCUAAGAAAAUGCUGCAUUCAUCCUUAUCUUUUUGCCGACGCGAUUCCCAGUCCGUAUGAAUUGGGAGAGCACCUUAUACAUCAAUCUGGCAAAUUCUUAGUUCUGAAGAAGCUUCUUCAAUAUUACGUGACGACCGAGACGAAAGUCAUUGUUUUCUCAAACUUUGAUCAAUGUCUCAACCUAUGCGAGGACCUAGUCAUGAUGCUCCAAGGCAGCAACCGAGCCUUCGAAUACGCCCGGCUCGACGGGAGAACCACUGGGCCAUGGCGCAAGGUCAUGGUGCACCUUUUCCAGAAUGACCCGAGAUACAAGGUUUUCCUGGUUUCGAUUAGAGCGGGCGGGGAAGGGCUUAAUUUGACCAGCUCCUCUGUGGUUGUAUUCUUGGAUGAGGAUUGGAACCCUCAAGUGAUGCGACAGGCCGAGGCACGAGUGCAUCGAAUUGGACAGACCCGGCCGGUCGUUAUUUAUAAGCUCCGUUCCGCAGGCACAGUCGAAGAGCAGAUGAGCCGUCGGCUCGUCAAAAAAGCCUACGUCGCAGACAGAGUGACCGAGAACAUACCCGCUCAUUGCCCCGGGAAUGAUUACCUUGAGAUGCUCAAGGCUGAAGAGGCGAGCAUGUCUCAGAACUCGACGGAUACAUUUGGCUUGCCGUCGCCUGUUUUCAUGGAUCAGACGUUCUUGUCCCAGCAACAAAUUGAUACAAACGAAUUGUCCCAGUGGGACAUGAGCACCAUUCUGGCCAAGUGUUCAAGUACCCAAAAGGACGGAGGGCUCUCCCCUUGUCUGACCGUUGAGCAAGAACAACUCUGGCUCGAGAAGGCCGACAGAGUCAGAACAAAUUUUUUCAACGGGGUGACGAUUGAUACAAGCGGACGCCAUCAUACAGUAUAUGCUGAAGAAGAGAGCAGCAAUCUUCUCCGCUCUAAUCGUCGCAUUGGUAAGGAAAGGACGGUCAUGAUCGAUGGCUAUGCAGUGAGCAAGGAAAGCCUGAGGGCCUCUGGUGAAGAACCGACGUCCACUAAUGAGUGUGCCUCACCCACAAACAAAUUUACCCAUCAAAUAACGUGCUUCAUAUGUCAUAAGUCCAAUGCGGACAACUGUGGCAUAUGCCCUCGCGCUUUUCACCCUGCUUGCCUUGAGAGCGUGAUUGAUGAAGAACAUCCGAGUUCUGGAACUCUAGUUUGCCCCCAUCAUUAUUGCUGGAAAUGUCACAAGAAUGCAUCAGAAGCAGGACGCCUUUUGUUUUGCUGCAGGCGAUGCGUGAGGGCAUUCUGCGACGAAUGCUUCUACUGGGACACCACCACCUUCGUCGGAGCCAACCCCGCGUAUGAGGCGCUGGGGUACUUUUCCAAAAAUGCCUUCUACAUUGACUGUCUCAUCUGCAGGUGCGACGAAAAACGCAAGCAUGCACCAGAAACCGAAGGCUACCCGGGAAAGCGAAGGAAGGUGGCAGGAGGGAAAAGCUGA